AUGCCGGGCAGCCAGGCGCUCGCGGCUCGCGUGGCGGAGGAGACGCGCCCGGAAUCGACUGCCGCCGCCGCCGCCGAAGGCCCGAGGCCCCACCCGCCGCCGCCGCCAAUGGACUGCGGGAGCCUGAAGCUGGAGCCGGGGUCUUUUCUGCUCUGCUCCACGACGGCCUCUGUUUUCUUCCUCCUCCAGCCACCAAGUCAACGCGACAGGGUCCACGGGCUGCUCUUCGGGGCGAUCGAGAUCGUGGACGCCAACGUGCGGAACUGGCGCCGCCACAAGGGGCCCUUCACGGAGGAGGCGCAGCGCGCGCUCGAGGGCGCCUCGGCGGAGCUCGGCCUCGCCCUCGCCAGCAUGGGCGCGGCCCGCCACCUCGCACUCCGGGGCGGCGCGCCAUGCCUGAGCGCGCCGUUCGACUCCGUGGACGACCUCGCCGGGGACCCCGGCGUUUGCUGCGCGCUGGAGAGGCUCGAGAAGGCCGCCGUGAUCGCCACCCGCGUGCACGACGGGCUGGAGGGCGCCCGCGGCCACCUUCGCGCGGCCGCGCCCCUAGCGGCCCUGGACGGGGUCGGUGGUGGCGUCGAGGGCGGCGACAGCACCGCACCGUGGGAGCAGAGCCCCUGCUUUGCUGAGCAGCUCAACGGCGCCAUGGAGCUCGGCGAAGCGAUGCUGAAGGCGGGGAAGCUCGUCAAGGAGACCGCGGGAGCGCGCGAGGCGGCGUUCGGCGGCGCUAAAUGAAUUCUCCGGCCUACCAGAUUCGCAACAUUGAUCUUUAGAUUUGUCACCUGGAUGCCUGCUUGCGUUUGUUCUACUCUCUCGUGUCACGGAGAAAUCGAACGUCAUUGUUUCGGUGUGAUCUCAGCGAGUCAGCGGCUCGGGCGCCCCGGCAUGAUGUCAAUUGUCAUUCCGAAAGCUUCUGUACGUUUCAAAGUUCAAACUAUGUUGUACUCCA